AUGGAGGUGUAUUUAAAAAGUGUUCAGACGAAAUUGAACACACUUUCCGCAAUAACAGAUGUCACGAAGACAGACGACGACAAAACGCUACAAAAACUUAUCGACACUGCUUUGCGAUUCAACCUACGAUUUGGAUUAGAAAGUUCCAAUGAGACGUUGAGCAGAAGGACCAACCUGAAAAUUCACCAAUUGCUCACUAAAGAAAGUUUGUCGCUAUUAAGAGAAGAAUUUCUUAAUGCCAUAACCGAAAAAACGGAGGGUCUGUCCAUUGAACUGUUCAAAAGUGCUAUGACCAAAUGCAUUGGUAGGCAGUUGAAUGAAGCCGAGUUAGAGGAAUUAUUUUAUAAAGUCGACGUGAUGAAAAACAAUGUAGUUACUUGGAAAGAAUAUUCAAAUUAUUUACUGCUUGAAAUGGACAUGAAAGAAAAAUUACUCACUCUAGAAAAAGAACUUCUGGGAAACAACAUACAGAUCUUCAAAACAGAAGGCCGAGAUUCAAUCAAAGCCUUGUUAAUUCUCCCAUUUGGUGAUUUUGAAAGUUCCGACCCUAAAGGUCUACUCGGUGCUAAAGAUGCUGAUUGCCGAUAUUUCACGUGCAGUCGAGAUGGUGUGAUAAAUUUUUGGAGCUCCAACUUUCAAACAAGCGACACCUUCAUCCUACAUUCAUACAUUGCCAAAGGAACAACUCUGAGUUAUUGGGUAACGUCGGCAGAAGUUAUUCCAGAAGCUAAGCUUAUUGCCAUAGCGACGACUAACUUUAGUCUUUUUCUCUUCCGCUAUGGAAACAACAAAGAGUUUGAGAUGACGACAAAAAUCGAAAAGUUUCCUGGAACGAUCACAUGCUUAUCGUACUACAAGGACGACCAACCUAACAACGCGUCUUUUUUAACGUGGGGAGACGAGUACGGAGGGGUGGGCGUGAUUGCAUUCCACGUCAACCCUGCGAGAACAGCAAUCGGAAUAAGUCCCAAGCACAGUAUCAACAAAAAGAAUCAAUUUCACCAGUUCCAUUUUACGGAUCUCUCUAAUAACCACGUGCUCGGUUUGGAAGCAAGGUACAUUGCCGAAAUACACAAGAGAUACGUCUGUCAAGUUAGAUACGUCGCCAAAUUGCGGAGUUGGUUGUCCUGCUCCAAAGAAACAUGUACAGCCUUAUUUAUUGGUGAUCUAGUGCCCAAUGUACCUUUCAAGAAUCGAAUCUACUACAGCGUUCUGCAUGGUGUCACCGUUUUUGAAUACAGCGAGAAAAUGAAUUUUAUCAUAACCGGUGGUUACGACAUGCUAAUAAGAUUAUGGAACCCAAUGGCGAAAAAUCAGAAGCUAGUUGGCGUGUUUCGGGGUCAUGUAGGUCCAGUGACUCAUAUAAUGUUGGACCAUCGAGAUGCCUUCCUUGUGACCAUCAGCGAAUGCAAGGACAUUUUAGUUUUUGACAUGAGCGAUCAAGCUUGCAUACAGUCCAUCAAACAGCAGAGCUUCAAAGCUCUCGGUAAGAAACCCAUUACGGCUGCGUGUAUUAAUAAAAAGUCACACACUGUGGUUCUAGCCAGCAACAUGAGAUUAGGGGUGAUUGAAGGAAAGGAAGAAAUUUUAGGUAGACACGCUCUUUCUACUCUCACAGCACCUAUCACAACGGCUCUUUAUAACCCGCUUUUUAAACAGAUUGUGACGGGUGAUUGGAAGAGCCAGGUGAUUGUGUGGAAUGCGUUUGGUGGUGAAAAAAUUGUUCAUUUCACGGCGCACACGGUUCGACUGAAAGGUCGGAAGGUGGAAAUUGAGAUAAAAGUGAUGUCGUUUGAUGCUACGUACAGAAGGCUGGUGACUGGCCACAGCGAUGGAAUGGUUAAAAUUUGGAAUUACAAUAUCGCCGUGCUCUUGCAGGAAAUACCCGUACCAACUCGAUUUGAAGUUACAGCUCUUUGUUGUCCGUUUGGAAAAAUAUUCGUGGCCGGUUGUAACGAUUCGGUUUUUUUGCAUAUCGAAAACACUGUACCACCCGAAGGAUACAUUGCUCUGAAACCGGCACAUCCCAGUUACAUCACUCAGAUGGCUGUCAUGCCAGAAACAUAUUUAGCAUCUGCUUCUGCGGAUGGAACCUUGAUGGUUUACAGUUUGAAGACGAGUUUGCCUCAAUUUAAAUUUAAUCUUGCAAACUUGGACAUGAUUGCAUCGGUUGAUUUUUACAAAUACAUGACGAAUGAACCAACGAUUCAGAGUGAAGGAGGAUGGCUAAAUGAAAAACACACCGUGAAAUCAAAAAAACUUAUGAAAUUGUUUGCCAGCUCGUCCAGAGGCAAUGAAGCCACAGUUUUAAAAAAUCAAGUAGUGACCAACUCAAAUAUACAUUACGAUUUCUGUGUAGAGGCCCUCGUCUAUCUAACCAAACGUAAAAUUACUCCGCGAACGGCCGUUCUACUAACUUGUAUGCAUGAUGGCAGAGUACUUAGCUGGCCCAUGGAUCUUUACGGAAAGUGCCUCGGGGAAUUCAUGGCAGCAUACAAGGAGAACGAACUUCUACAUGCUGCUGAUGUGACAUCGGAUGACGCAUUCCUAGUUACGGGAGACUCCUUAGGUUACAUAAAAGUUUGGGACAUUUCCCACUAUCACAAUCCUGAAGAGGGAGAAUGUUGUGACGUUAUAGACUCGAUGAGACUUCCGAUCUGGCAGACGUUUUCGUUUGUUCGUAUGCGCAAAAACAUUGAAAUGUACAAACGGUUGAGUCAAACUGAUGUCCUACUGCCGAUGCACAUGAAAGUGAAGUGUCAUGAACUGAACGGCUACCCAGUGCAAUCUCCUCACCUUAUCAACAGUUUCAAGAGUCACGUUGGCGGUGUUGUCAGUUUGAAGCUUAUCGAAAUCGAUUCAAUGCACUCAAUCAUAUCAACAGCAUCAGACAUGUCGGUUCGUAUAUGGUCCUUGCAAGGAAUAUUUUUUGGUUUGCUCGGUCAAAAGAACAUGUGGACUAAUCCUGAACUUCAUUACGGAUUUGUUUCUAAUGAAAAAUUUCAAAAGGAAACAGCGGAAAUUGGUAAAAGCCAAGAAUUAAACGAUUGCGGAAAAUCGGCUUUUCACAUGACAAACGAUGAAGUUAAACUCAUUGCUUUCAAGGAGAGUGAUGAAGAUUUGGUAAAUAAGCAAAUUCGAGUUGAAAAGAAAGGUAGUAAUCUAACUGAAAGUAUGACCAACUUGAAUAGCAUGAUAAAUUACAUUGAACUUGCCGAGUCAGAGUUAAACGACAUUAAGAAAUCAGAUAAAAUGACUAGGUCCAUCUCGGACUCAAAACACAGUGCGUUUGUGAUGAUUAACAGCCUUUAUUACCAAGAUAGUUCUAGAUUCAAAGAGGAUCAAACUCCUGCUAGUAAAUUUAUUGAGACGUUUUCUUUGGAAGAUUUUGUAGAGAAAAAGGUAACGACAAAAUCAGUGGAUAUACCAUCGGACUUGAAGAGAGUUGGAUCUUAUACUACUCUGUACGUCUUGGAGAGCGAAAUGAACGUGAGGCAGUCAUCGAGGUGGAUUAAAAUUCUUCAUACCACGGUCUGGAUAAUUAAUUAUCUCAGAUUUAGAAAGACAAAAUUUGCCAAUCCAUUUAGACUACCUGGAGCGGAUCCAUCCAAAGUCGGAGUUUAUUCAAAUAACAUAAAAGAUCUCAUUGAAGAAUAUAUCUCGUCUCAGUUGAAUAAAGUCAGUCUUAGAGAUUCCAGGAGUGUGGCAUCUCCCUACAAAAAUGACCAAGAAAAACGAAACCAGCUACUCCGGCCAUUAACUCCUCUUUCAAGUGAAAUCUUCGGUCAGUUUUAUAGCGAACAUUACACGAAACAUCGCGCCAUCGUUCCUUGGAGUGUUGCAGAGGAGCUAACUGACGGAGCCGUGUGUCCCUACAAAAAUCUUCCUCUAGCCAAGAUAUCCGCCAAAGACCCGGCCCAUAACGUUCGUGUGCUGUUCGCCAAUCUAGGCAUACAAGGGCGCGAGUUAAUGGGUCCUAGUCCUGGCCAGCCUGCGUCGGGUGGGUUCACUCCGAACACGGAAUCAGAGAUGACCCUGGUUCGAAACCUCAAAAAAACCGGUUGGAAACUCAUAUGGGUCUUGAGAUCCACUCUGAACUUCGCAAGUGAUGGAGAAGUAGUCAGAGAAGUAGGUAGAGAGUUCCAGAGAAAAGGACCAGAAAAAGCAAAAGCAGAUUUGGCAAAAGAGUGUUUAACACGAGUUAAGAAAAAGCGAGAAAAAGAAGACGAUCGUAAACCGGGGCGUUUAGAAGGAUUAAGUUUAAGACACAUAGAGUCAGACCAAGCGAUAAUUGAAGAAAGACAUAGAGAUAAAUUAUGA